AUGGCGACGGUUCCUCAGUUGCUGGAGCCUGGGCAGCGGUCCAAACCCGGAGACCUCGCGAUUGUCCUGCUCGCGCGCGACAACUAUGAGCCUCUGAUCCUGGAGCAGUCCACCGGGGCUGUCGACGGCUACGCCGAGGGAGCAACGCUCAACACUCGAUUCGGAUCGUUCCCCCACUCUACUCUCCUCGAUAUCCCCUGGGGCUCCCAGGUUCGAGCGUCGGCCGUCGACACAGGCUCUCGAGGACGCAAGCGAAGACGAGACGACUCUGGGGACGAUGCCUCGACACCCGCUCUCGAGGACACUGAAGGAGCAGCUACUCCGACGUCUGCGCCGGCCAAGAAGGCCGUCACAGCGUCAAGUGGGUUUAUCCAUAUCCUGCGCCCGUCCCCAGAGCUCUGGACCUACAGCUUGCCACACCGCACUCAGGUGGUGUACACGCCAGACUACAGUUACAUUCUCAACCGGAUUCGCGCGCGACCUGGCACGAGGAUCAUUGAAGCAGGAGCUGGGAGCGGUAGCUUUACACAUGCCUCAGUACGUGCUGUGUACAAUGGAGCCCCCAAGUCCGACGAUGAUCGAAAGGGAAAGGUAUUCAGUUUCGAGUUCAACGAGUCGCGUUUUCGCAAGAUGGAGGAGGAGGUGGAGUCACAUUGCUUGAAAGAUUUCGUCUCGAUCAAGCACCGCGAUGUGUACAACGAGGGUUUCCUGAUCGAUGGGAAGUCUCCCAUGGCGUCCGCAGUCUUCCUCGAUCUGCCUGCGCCUUGGAAAGCGAUCCGUCACCUCUCGCGAAGGCGGCCGCAGGAUAUGGAGCAGGAUCCUAACAAUGAUUCGGAAUGGGUCUCGGCCCUGGACCCUCGGAAAACUGCCAUGAUCUGUACAUUUUCUCCAUGCAUUGAGCAGGUGAUACAGACCGUCAGUGAUCUAAGAAAGUUGGGGUGGGUGGAGGUUGACAUGGUAGAAGUGUCAAAUAAGCGCCUGGUUUCACAACGAGAUCGCAUCGGCUCGUAUCUUCCUAAGGAGAAGGGCGCCAACCCCAACCCAGCAGACGUCACAGAGGCACUUUCGAAAUUGAGAGAGGUUAACCAGAAGACGAAAGAGUUUACGCGGAUCAAGGCAAAUAGAGGAGAGGAAGGACAGAAUGACCAGAUGGAUGUCGAUGGCUCAAACUCAGAACGCGAGCCCAACGCCAGCAACAAGUUGGAUGAGUCUUCUACAGAAAAGGUAUGGAUGCAGGGCCGGCUUAUACAUCGGGCAGAGUCAGAACUGAAAUCCCACACAUCUUAUCUCGUUUUCGCGACUCUGCCCCCUGAGUGGAGUGAGGAAGACGAGGCAGCGGCAUAUGCGAAAUGGCCAUGCGGAAACGAGGCGAAGGUGGUCGGGAGCCUCGACAAGGCGGCACGGAAACAAGAAAAGAGGGAUGCACUCCAUUCCAAGAAGAAAAGAAAGCAGGACCAAGCCAACGAUGAGGGACAGUAG